AUGGCCAUGCGACAAGCAGACCCGGACAUCGACGACGUCCCACCUCCGCCCUACUCCGAGACCGACAUUUACUCAACCGCUGGUCGCACUGCCAGCUCCUCCAACAACGCGUCGAACUCACCACGCGUCCCAUCCGACGAUGCCGCAUCCAGAGUCUCGUCUCACGCUUCGUCUCACAGCGAAGUCAUCUACACCCCGCCGCUGACGCCCCGCACCACCGGCAGCACUCAACCACACGCUCACCACGACUCGACCUCCAGCGCCAGCAUUGCAAACAACGCACCGUCUACAGUUCCUACGGCGUACGCGGACUUUGCAGCUGCCUAUUUCGAGUCCCGCCCUCCGCCAUCAACCCUCUCCCCGCGCGAACAACUCGUCCAUACAAUCGCCGUCACAUCUGCCACCACGCCAAAUGACGUCCCUUACACCCCAACCUGGGCCGCACGCGAUGUCACCCAGCAGGACUGGGCGACCUUCAUCAAUGUCCUGAUUCCCCACCACGCUGCCGCCCGCAACGAAGCCGUCAUCAACCGCAAGCUGCAGGCCGAAGAGGAAGCCCUCGCUGCGGCCGCCGCAGCCUCCAGCGGGAACAGCGUCAGCGGGCAGAGUACGACGAACAGCAGCAGCCAUGCGUCCGCACAACUAGACCAGAUCCGCACCGACCCGGAAACCGACCCCAGCGCGGCCGCUGCGAGUGGAGGGGGAGGUCUGAGGAGAGAAGACGCGGAAGGCGUCGUCGCACAAUGGAACGAGGGCUUCUUCCGCCCGCGGGGUAUGCUCGUCAAACUCGCCCCCGAGGUAGAGCAACUGCGGAUGCCCGGCGCGUGGGAUCAAUCUUUCGAUCGGAACGUCGAGAGUCCCGCCUCAGCUGGGCCGGGAGGUCCAACGCCGUUCUCUGCACAUCCCCAUCAGGGACCUGUGCCGCAGCCUCCGCCCUCCGCAUCGCGAGGCUGGAAUUUCGCCGGGAUCAGGAUCGACGAGGACGGCAUCUCGAUCGGUGACCGAUUCGUGGCCGAUGUCAAUGGCGUCAGGAUGGGUAACUUCAUCGUGGACGAGAGAGGCGUCAGGUUCGGGAACAGCAGCAACGAUAGCAACGUCGCUACGCCCCGCGGACAACCUUACGCAGGUCAGCCGUGGCAUCCACCCCCGGGCCCCGUACCAAUAUUCGGACCCGGGCCCGGACCGUUUCCACCGGUACCGCAUGCUCCACCACUGGGACCUCCGCCAGACCAUCCUCUCUUCCACGGUCACCGAGGCGGGGCUCAUGGCCACGAUCGCGGUCGUGGUCGCGGUCGCGGCCGCCCGCACGGGAGAUACCCCUCCGACCACCGCUCCUCAUCCUCAUCCUCCUCGUCCUCCGCCUCGUCGACCGACUCCAGCGAUUCAACGUCCUCUAUCGGCUCCCUGCCCGACUACGAAGACCUGUACCCGACACAGCUACCAGUAUACAAACAGCGCGUGAUAGGCUGGCUCUCGCAUCCAGACCAGCCAGUCACCAAAGCCGACGUCGCUCAACUGCGUUCUGAAAUCCGUUCCGCGAAAUCAGCCGCCCGGGAACAAGCGCGAGACCCAACUGCCGCUUCUUCUUCAUCUUCAGCCGCGCCUCCGAUCGACGAGAAAGCUCUCAAGGCGGAGAUCAAAGCCCUCAUGCAAGACUGGCGCAAACUCAAACGCCAACAGCGCUCCGUUCGCAAGGAGAAGCGUCGUGAGCGGCGCGCGAAGAGGCGCGAGGAGAAGAGGGAACGCAGAGAGCAGAAAAGGGAGCGCAGAGAACAGAGGAGAGAACACAGGGAGCAGAGGAGAGAGGGCAGACGGAGUGGCGGCGGCGGCAGAGGCGGUCAUCAUCACCAACAGGUCACGACCUGGGGCGCGCCCCCGCCGUUCCCGCCUCCGGGGGUACAUCCUCAUGUACCUCCGCCUCCCGUGUUUCACACGCCUCCGGGGCCGCCGCACAUCACGCCUCCUCAACCGCCGGUGAUGCACACGCCUCCCAUUCCCCAUAUCCACAACGUCCCGCCCGUCCCGAACAUGAACGGCCCGAACAGCUUCAACUGGGGCGCUCCGGGUGGCGGAAGGGGCUUCAGCGGAGGAUUCCCGGGAGCUCAUCCCUGGGCGGGCGGCUUUGGACGGGGAUGGACCGGUCAGGGUCGUGGAGAACCCUUCCAUGGUGGUUUCCCUGGUGCGUGGCCUGCCGGCGAACGAGGUGUCGACCCGACGUCCCCCGCCUCGCCACGUACGCCUUCAUCUGAAUCACUCAACACGGCUAUAAAAGAGAUGGAAAAGGACAUUGCGCAAAAGGUAGAAGAGCUAGAUAAGGUUCGUCUCGCUCAGACGACGGAAGAGCUGGAAAACACCUCCGGUAGGGGUAGAGGGAGAUGCGGCGGCGGUCGUGGAUGGGGCCGCUGGGCCAGGGGCGAGAGCUCGAGCGGCGAGCAGGCUGCGCAGCGGCUUGUUGAGGAGAUUGACGAGAUAUCCAGGAACGUGGAGAAGCUCAGAGUCGAGGCGGACGCCGAGUAUGCCAGGGAGCUUGUGGCGGAGGAGGAAAGGAAGGCCAACGGGGGGUGGUGA